CCUUCCUCCCCUCUAGUAAUCCCAGACCUCAUCUCUCCUCCCCUCGUUUCUCAGCUUCUCCUGAUCUUCCCACUUUCGCUCUUCAACUUCUUCUCCUCCCAUCGCCUUCAUCUUCCAAACUCUGCACAUCAGCACACUUUCAGAUGGGGCUCCUCUCAGCAGCGCUCACUCUGGUUUGCAUCUUCGCUCCAGUGUGUGGAGCCGAGCGAUGCGGUGGGUUUAGACGCCUGGAAAAUGGGCAGACGUUCUUCCGUUACGGUGGACUGCUGGUGAUCUUCCGCUGUCAUCCUGGUUUCAAGCUGCACGGAUACAAAACCAACAGCUGUGUGUCUGGACACUGGAGCCGGGAACCUGCAGUGUGUGUCGGUUCUGGCUGCUCCAACCCGGGGCCUCUAAGUCACGGGACCAGCAGCAUGAAUGAAGACGGCUCCUGGGCUGUGUUCAGUUGUAAUAAUGGCUUCAGGUUGCAUGGGCCCUCCAUGUUGUACUGUAAGGGCCACACCUGGAACAGCACAAAGCCUGUUUGCAAAGAAUUUGACAUGAUGAGCUCGAUUUCAGGCGUCGCUGUGCAGAAAUCACACCACAACCUGCAGGUUUCUGCAGCUCUGAAGAGCCAACAGCAUUCCCACUACCUCACUAACACUCCUUCCAAAGAAGCAGAUCUCAAAUUUGGCCUGUCGUCUCGAACGCCAUCCCAGAUUAACAUGACUAAUCCAAAAGCACACCUGCAGAAACACAUCCAGCUUCCCAAUUUGAAAGCCAAAAAUGGUGGCCAGACAGCUCAUUGUAAGACUCAAGCAGCAAAUGAAGCUCAAGAAGCAGAAGGAGGAACAGUGAGGGCUGGCUCAGAAGCAGGAAAGGUGGAGGAAGUUACACAAAUGUUUGCUUCUGAAUCAGGUUUGUUUACUACAGUCUCAUCUGCCAUAUCAUCAGUGUCAGGAACAGAGAAAUCAACAUCUUCACCGUCAUUUUCAACAGCUGCCACUGCUUUUGCAGAUACUACUGUUGAUGAAACCACUCUGCCUCUGUCAGGAUUUAGAAUUUCAUCACAGGACGAAGUGACUCCAUCUGAAGGAACAACUACAGAUAAAUACCAGCAGGUUGAAUCUGGAUCCCAGCAUCAUUUUUUGUCUCAUUCUUGGCCUGUAGAUAAAGAGGAACCCGCAGAGACAUCAAACACUUCAUUUACUUCUGUUUAUUCCACUUCUGCCAGUUUUUCCUCUCCUCCAUCACCUGCUACCUCCACUUCUUCAGUCCCUUCCUCCACCUGGUCCCACAUGAAAACACAUCCACCUAACGUCACCUCUCCUCUAAACAUCUCCGCCACUGAUUCGAGCUCUUACUGGACUGAAUACUACAACCUCAGGAUGAACACAACCUCCAGACCUCUUCUGAUCCUCAGUAGACGACCUGUGUGUCCGUACCCACCAGUACCAGCCCACGGGACCUUCUACUUCCGUAGCGUUGAAAAUCCAGGUCCCAGAGAGUACAGACAUUACAUCCAGUACGCCUGCUAUCCCGGUUACACUCUGGCUUACGGAGACGUUCACAGCUACUGCCAGCAGGGAGGCCGGUGGAGCGGAGUCACGCCUGUUUGUCUGGAGUCGACACCAUGCUCAGUGAACAACGGAGGCUGUUCCCAGCUCUGCUCUCACUCCCAGCACCACAACCAGAGCUCCAACCAGAACCAGAACAGAACUCAGUGUCUCUGCAGACAGGGAUUCACUCUGCUGGAUGACGGGCGAACGUGUCGAGAUGUAGAUGAGUGUGUGGAGGAGCAGCAUCAGUGUCAGCAGGGAUGCAUCAACACGUUUGGCUCCUUUAAAUGCAGCUGUGAUGACGGAUAUCAUCCAGCUCACGAUCAAACCUCCUGCACAGAUGUGGAUGAGUGCUUGCUGCCUGCAGCUGUCACAGGCUGUGUGUUCGGCUGUGUGAACACUCCUGGGAGCUUCCACUGCCAGUGUCCUGCUGGCUACAGCCUCCGGACUGCAGACGGACGCUGCCAAGAUGUAGAUGAGUGUGCUGUUAAUCAGGGAUUGGGGCCUUGUAUGGAGCGGUGCCACAACUCACCAGGAUCCUACCGAUGCUCCUGCACCUACGGACACAUCUUAGCCGGAGACGGACGGAGCUGCGUUUCCGAGUGUCCACCUGGAUACAGGACACAACCAACCACACCUGAGAAUUCAGCUACACAAACCGUGAAGCAGGAGUGUGUAGAUAUAAAUGAGUGCCAGGAGGAAAUAUGUGAGGGUCAGUGCAUCAACCUGCCUGGAUCCCAUCGCUGUAUCUGCCCCAAAGGAUUCGCACUGCAGAGAGAUGGGAGACGAUGCAGAGACAUUAAUGAGUGCAAUCGCAAGAAUGGAGGCUGUUCCCAUGUGUGUGUGAACCAGCGAGGUGGAUAUAAAUGUGCCUGCCCGGCCUCCCAUCGCCUGUCGCCCUACAGCUGGAAGAAAUGUGUGCCGAGGACAACAGCGACCACUGCUGGCUGAGCUGGAGAACAGCAGCAGAUGUCUGACUGGAUUCCAUUGUUUCUAUAUUCUUUAUAAAUUAUAAUCUGUUCUUAGUCAUUGAUGUAAUUAAUCCAAAGCUUCAUCAUGUAUAAAAAGGAAUAAUUUAAUAAUUUGUGUAUUUAUGCUCUCUCUUUUCCAAAUAAAUAUGAAACACUUCGAGAAGGUGUAA